AUGUCUUCGAUGCUGACGAAGUCAAUAUUCCAGAUCAAGAUCCUUCAAUCCCAUCUACAUUCGCCCCCAUCGAAUGUACCACUCGAAGCGCUCGCCGAUGUUGUUGACAUCUACUGCAGGAUGAUUCAUCUGCAACCUCUGCCCUUAUUCCGACCAAACGAAUUAUUAGAUUAUCUGAGGUCUUCGACUCGACAUCUUCUUUAUAGCUUCCUGGCACUUGGCCUCUCGCUCAAGGCACAAAUCGCCCAUCUCCCAACACGGUCGGAUUUGAUCGAGAACUACGCACGCUGUGCCAGGGACGAGGUUCAAGAUCUUGCUUCGCAGGGGAUCGCAAGGCUCCAAGUUGUCCAGUCAUUGUGUCUUCUCGCCUUGAGUGACAUCCUGAUAUGCAAACCAUAUCAAGCGCAAAUGACGAUUGGAACCGCAUCUCGACUCGAAGCCUGUCGUUUAGCGGCCAACGAUGCGUUCUCCGAACCCGUCGACACCGACCUAAGUCUUCGAUGCUCCUGGAGCGUAUACAUUCUUGAAAGAGUUUUCAGUCCUCGCUUCUGUGUCUCAGACGAAGAAAUACCCGGUCCAGACUUCCCGCAAAGUGCGCAUAUACCUCCACCAUCGUCUUCAAGUGGUAGCGAAGAUUAUCCAUCGGAUCUCUACAAUCCUUACACCUCCAGCGUUGACCACGGUGUUACUGCUUACUACAUAAGAAUGGUUUCAAAUUGGGGUCAUAUCUCGCUUUGGUUGCACCAUAUUCAAUAUGCAAAGCCUGAGUCUCCGUGGUUACCAGGAUCGAAGUAUGCACAGCUCAUUGCGAGGGUAUACGAGUGCGAUUCCCAGCUUCCAGCAGGACACUUGCUGCGGAACGUCGCCUUCUCUAAAAGGUCUCCGACUGAAGUCCUGCAGCAGCGAGAAUAUUGGAUUCCGUGGGUACUGAUGCAAGUCCAGUGUCAUGCAUACUUAUCCAUCCUUAAUCACCCUUUUAUACACCUAGUUGCUGUACGUAAUUGCUCCAAGGGGCUUCAAUCUGGAAUUUUCCUACAGCAUACCAUAGAUGCAGCCAGAUUCCACUCGAAUUGGGUAUUCCACUUCUUGCGACUCUGCGAUGAGCAUCAACUCGAGCUGCGUGAUCCUUUUAUCGGGCACUUGGUUGCCGCAGUCGCUACUAUUCCCUGGCUGCUACAAUUUGUGGAGGAUAAGCAAGUAUCUCAGAAAGCCGCACAUGAUGUCACCUGGUGCAGCAUGUACUUGUCCCGCAUAUCACAGACGUGGCCUUAUAUAUAUCAGAAGUUAGAGUUGAUACAGAGUCUGCAGCUCAUCGCCGAGUAUCAUGGUCAGAAUCUACACGACAACGGACGGGGAGUGACUUUCCCUCCAAGGUUGCUAUGGGAGUUACUGGAUCCUGACAUGUGCCACAAAGGUCCUCAAAGAGGAGGUCCAGAACAGGCACCUCAGGCCAGAAUCCAGAUCACCACCCAUAUGACACAUCCGUUGGCGGAAUCGUCAACACGGCCUACAGCUAGUGAUUUAGCUCCGGACUUGAGUAGCACCUUUGAUGAGAAUGGUGGGGAUCCGGAGCAGGUCUACAUAGAUGACUUGGUGAGCCACUUCAUGCUCUAUAGCGGCUAUGGGCAAAUUGCGUAA